AUGCCGGGUUCAAAACGGACUCGCAGCGGCCGCCAACGCGCCAAUCCCAGCGCCGCAACUAAUCCUCGGAGGAAGGAGGAAGCAGAACUUGCGCGGUUGUCAAAGGCGGUCUCAGAGAUUCCGCGGUUUAGUGACCGUUUUCAGCUUUUCCGACAGAAUCGCCGCCAACGGGCAAAGAAGAUUUCGCAGCAGAAAAAUUCAACUGAGCAAGACGAUGAGGUCCAAAACCCUGUCUUUAAAGCAGCUCGGUUUUCUGAUUUACCGCUUUCCAAGAGAACUCUGGAUGGUCUUGUUGCAGCAGGCUUCACAGAACUAACGGGCAUCCAAAAGAACGCUGUGCCGCAGGCAUUAGCUGGCCGUGACGUAUUAGCAGCAGCUCCAACCGGGUCUGGUAAGACUCUUGCAUUCAUAAUACCUCUCCUGGAGGUACUUUGGCGAAACAAAUGGAAUACACUCGAUGGGCUCGGUGCCCUUGUGUUGAGUCCCACCCGAGAACUCAGUAUGCAAAUUUUUCAAGUGCUGAGGUCUGUGGCGAGGAAGCACACAAUUUCGGCAGGCCUUGUCAUCGGUGGGAAGGAUUUCGAUAGUGAACGGGAAAAAGUUGGAAACAUGAACGUUCUCGUCGCAACUCCUGGCCGAAUGCUACAUCACAUGGACCAUGUUGCUGACCUGGAUUGCUCCAACUUGCAACUGCUGGUUUUAGAUGAGGCGGAUAGGAUUCUUGACAUGGGGUUUGCAAGAACUGUCGAUGCAAUUCUGGACAAUCUCCCAAAGGGAAGGCAAACCUUGCUGUUCUCUGCCACGCAGACUAAGAAUGUCAAGUCUCUGGCUCGGCUUUCGUUAAGAGAACCUGAGUAUGUAGCCGUGGCCAGUCGUGAAUCGCCGACUGAGACGGGAAAGUUGGCGAACGAGAAUGAAGGCCUCGGCAACGGCAAGCGGAAUGAGAACACUUCUGGUAUCAGAAUUGUGGGAACUCCAGUUGGGCUUUCGCAGUCAUUCGCUGUUGUGCCCGUGCACGAUAAGUUGUCUGUUCUGUGGUCGUUCAUUAAGACCCAUUUGAAGUCAAAGAUGAUAAUUUUUUUUGCGACUGGAAAGCAGGUGAGGUUCGCGUUUGAAACUUUUUGCAAACUGAGACCAGGGAUGUCCUUGCUUCAUAUUCAUGGAAACAUGAAGCAAAUGAAACGCACAGAUAUGUAUGAUAUAUUUUGCCGCACCAAGUCAGCUGCUUUGUUUGCCACUGAUGUAGCAAGUCGGGGCCUCGACUUCCCAGACGUGGAGUGGGUUGUUCAAGUAGAUUGCCCAGACGACGUCGGAACUUAUGUACACCGUGUUGGUAGAACUGCACGCUUCAAGUCUCAGGGGAGAGCUAUGUUACUGCUCAGCGAGGGGAAAGAGGAAGGAUUUCUGUGCAGAUUGAAAGAAAAAAAUCUAGAAUUACAUCGGACGAAGAUCAACCCCAACAAGGUCACUUCGAUCGAGCCCCGAAUUGCAGCAACUGUGGCAUCUAACCAGGAGCUCAAGAAGCUUGCUCAGAGGGCUUUUAUGUUUUACGUGAAGUCUCUCUACCAGCAAAGCGAUAGGGAAGUAUUUGACAUCGAUGGGAUUGAUUUCAGACUCCUUGCGAAAAGCUAUGGCUUAUCACUGGUCCCGAAAAUUUCUUUCAGGAAAGCAGUUGGUGUGGGUCAUGCGGACAAAGAAGCAAAAGAGAACCAAAAAACUGUCUUUGGGUACAAAACCCGUCGAGACCGUGAAAAGACGAAGCCACUAGAAAAAACAGCAGGCUUAGAGGACAGGGAAAAUAACGCAUCGCCGCGAGAAGAUGAUCAUAGCGGGGGAGGAGAGGUACUAACCCUGAAGAAGGUUCAUGAAACUUGGGAAGGGGACACCAAUGCUGGCGAGGCGGGUGACAGCAUUCAUGAGGUUUCCGAGGUGAUUCGGAAACGCAAGAGGCGAAAACUGGAUUUGCUAAAAGCAAUGCCUAGCGCCAAUCGUCUCAUAUUUACCGACGAUGGGAAGGCCGUCAGAGCGUCUGACAUGGGGAAUGACAAUGAAGACUCAUCGGAUGCGGAAGACCAUCAUGGUAUAUCUGACUACGCAAUGACGGUAUCAUCUCGUUUGGCCCAGAAUGCUGAAGAGGACAAAGAUCGUGAGAGAGAGCGAGUGCGAUCAAUUCAUGCCCGCAAACGGGCGCUGAAGCGUGAAUUAAAUAGAGUUAUUCGGCCUGCCGCAGAUUCCCAGGUCUCUAUUGACCAGGGCUAUAGCGACGAUUCAGGAAGCGAAGUUCAUGAAGAUGGGGGCUCUGGUAAUGUGAGCUCUAGUGCUGAAGAUCAAGUGGCAGAUUCAUCCAUUGUUGAUGAGGAAAGACUGGCGUUGCAGAUUCUUAAUUCUCGAAAUUAAAGGAUUGUCUUGCCAGGCCAGAUCUUAUGCUACAUUGCCAUACUCAUCCCAGCCAUGUGGCGGUAGCGGUAAAGGUUUAGUUAAGUUUGUACAGUACAUCAGUGAAGCAUUAAUUGAGGAUCAGUUAAUGAAGUUAGUUCAUUUGAAAA